UGCCAUUUUCUGAUUUUUCAGACUGUCUCCGAUUUUUAAUCAGGCUAAUAAAUCGCGUAUGGCGUAUCCAUGAUCAGAUUGCGCCUUGCAGGCUUUUUAGCGAUCUUUUAGACUCUGUGCACGAGAUCCUCCGUUUUCUUGGUUGACAGUGUCUGACAACGCAGAAAGUUCCGAGAUUGUCGUUGAUGCCGCGUUAUUUAACAGCACAGCUUCAAAGGAAUUCUUAAUCUGUCCAUUUUUAGCCGUGCUCUUGUCGUCCACUGCAGAUGGGACAUUGGGAAUGAGGGUGUUGUGUGCCGUGUGCAUGUGAGGAGCGAUGGCGUGCGGUCUGGAGUUCCGUCAGCCGACGGCGGAGUUGCGACGACUGUGGCACGAACUGCGCUUGCUGAACGACACCCUGGGCACCUGCGUCAAGGCCGCCGAAGAGUACCUGCGGGAUUUGGACGGGAAAGUGAGCGCCACGAAGGUCUACUUCGCCGACAUCAAGUCCCGCAUCGCCGGCAUCCCGCGCGGCCAGGUCCGCGUCGGCCCCGACCUGCAGCACGUGCUGGCCAUGCCCGCCGCCGCCGCCGCGAAGCACUUCCAAAGCAUGCGCGACGACGCCGCUGACAAUUUCGCGCGGGUCUCGGAGGAGCGCCGGAAAUGGAUGGCGGAGGCCGGCCAGCUGAUGCGCCGGCAGAUGAUCAUUCUGAACCGGCUGGACGGCAUGACGCUGCAGUUGGCGGAGACGCGGGGACUGCGCGGUCGUCUGGUCUCCACCUACCGUGACAUCACCUCCGUCGAAGAGGAGGUGAAAUCUCUGCAAAAGGUCCUGUUCGACUGCGAAAUGGGCAGAGCCGACCUGGAGGAGGAUUAUGUGACACUGAUCCGAACGUUCCAGCAGCUGAGUGCAGGACGCCAGGCGGAUGCCGGUGCAGCGUUUGGCGACGCCGCGUUGUAGCGGUGCAUGACAAAUUCAGUUAAUCAUGGCGCUUUCUCGUCUUUCCCAUUGUGUUCAACUGGUCCCGCGAAUCAAAGACUACACACUAACCAAUCACUUGCCCUUCAAUCUCACGGGUCAUAAUCGUUUUUUUAACUGUAUCUCGCUUGUCGCCGGUAGAUUGAUGAGGGCGUUGUGUAAAUAAUCCAUUUUAAUCAUUUUCCUAAUAAUUGUUUCUGAUUUUACUGUACAGUGUGCGCAAUGCAAUAACGGUCGGUGUUUUUAUUUUUAACCAGCAAUUUAAUGGCUGUUUUUUUCGCUUGAAUUCCCCGGUGCUUUUUCUGCUGCCGUCAUACGCAUCGGCGAUAAAAGCAUUGUGGAGAUUUUAUAACGUUCAUAAAAGCGGAUAAAAAUUAUAUGGGUGUAGAGAAAUACGGUCCGCGUGAUUUGCGCCGAAAGCGGGGUUAAACAACCGCAAUGGCAACAUUUUAAGCACCGGUGUGU